AGUGCUCGACUACUUCGUCACGUUGAAAAACCGUUAACAGUUAACAUUUUACCAGUCAGACUGAAUAUUUGACAUUUAACAUUACCAGCCAUAGGAUGGAGAGAGACCGGGGUUUUAACUUCAAACUGUUGGUGCCCCCCAGGGUCAAUAACAGUCAGGUAUCUGCUGUUAAACCUCAGGAAAUCAUUAAGAACUGUGGUGAUUCCAUGAAUACAUUGCAGCAGGGUCACAGUAUGUGUUUUGACAAAGAGCAAAACAUGCCUUUCCCCAAUACAAGCGUGGUUACACCACCUAAACCAACCAGACAAGGCUUACCCAAGAUGAAAGUUGUGCCCCCAAUGGAAAAAGAUGAGAAUAAUUGCAAUCCUGCACAGCUUUAUUCCAAACUGUUUGAUGAAGUUGAGAAAAUUAAGUGUUGGAAGGUCAAAGUUGACUCUGACACUGUGCAAAAGGAGAGAAGACUCCAAGAGAACAAAAGAACAAUUGAAACUCAGCGCAAAGCCAUUCAAGAAUUGCAGUUUGGAAAUGAAAGUCUCAGCAUAAAGCUGGAGGAACAGAUCAGUGAAAAUCAAGAUUUGAGGAACAAAAACAACGCAACCAGGAACUUGUGUAACAUACUCAAAGAUACUUUUCAGCGGUCAGCUGAGAGAAUGCAUUUAUUUGAAUCUGAAAGAGAGGAAACACAUCACGUCUUUAUGGAAAAUAGUGAGAGUAUUCAGAAACUGAUUACAGCAUUCGAAAACCUUCGUAUUCAAGCAGAAGCUGAUCAACAAGAGAUGCAGAAAGUGAAAGAGGGCUUGCUGCAAUUUGAAGAACUAAAAGAGAAAUAUUAUCAAGACUAUAACAUGAAGGAGAAAGAGGUUGCAGGGCUUCAAACAAAACUUAAGAAUAAGGAAAGUGAACUACAAAAUAUCCUGCUUGACUUCCAUGAAACCCAGAAGCACUGCAUACAACUCCAAGAGGCAACAAAUCAACAAUAUGAACUUCUCAAAAGCUCAAAAACUGAACAGGAAUCCCUUCUUCAAAAACUACACACUGCUGAGCAGCACUGCAAAGAAACUCAGAAAAAUUGCGAAGCUAUUGCCGCAUCCCUGGAACAAAGUAAAGAAGAAUAUGCACAGAUCAUCCAAAGCAAAGACUUAAACUUGCAGGAGCUCAGCAGAGUUAAAAAUCAACAAGCAGAGAAACUGGAGCAGAUUCAGACAACCAUUCAGGAGCUACAGAAUUCAUUAGCCCUGGAGAUACAGAGGGCCAGAGAACUUAAGGAUAAACUCAUGGCAAACAACAAGGAACUUGAAAGGAGAAGCACACUUUUACGAGAGACCAUGGAGCAGAUUGCAAAGAAAGAUGGGCAGAUCAGAAUCCUUGAAGAUGAACUGGACAAAAAAUCAAAAUCCAUAGAGUCCAUGAAGACUAAGAUUGACGUAACUGAAGUCAGAGUAGAGGAACUCACAGCUAAGCUUUCAAGGAAAACUGAAGAAGUCCAGCUAUUUAAGAAUGAAACACAGAUGGCUUUUGCUGAAAAUGAUCUACUGAAGAAAGCUUGUGACGCUGCUGAAAAAGCACAAGAAGAUUUAAAGGAGAAGUCCACUGUGACUGAGAUCAAGGUGCAGGAGCUAGAAGGACAAUUGCUGACUGAAAUGAAGAAAAAUGAAGAACAUACCUUUCAGAUGGAGCAAAUGAGGAAAGACAUCAUGCUUCAUACAGUAAAAUAUGAAGAGCUAUUAUCCAACUUUAAUGAGCUUCAGUCUGAAAAGAUGGCCAUUCAACGGCAGUCUGAGAGUGGAUCCGCUAAUGUGAAAGCUAUUGAGGCAAAUAUGAAGGCAAGUGAGGAGAAGGCUGUGAAGCUCACAAGAGAAAUUCAAAGACUCGAAGAAGAAAACCAAUCUUUACGAGAGGAAGUAAACUCCAUUAAAACCAAAAUCCAAGGGAAAUGUCAAGACACUGAGACUCUGCAGAAGAAAAUUGAAGAAAAUUGUGGACAUCUGCAGGAAAGAAUUAAAGAGAAAGAAAAACAGAUCAAAACUGUGGAAACAAAGCUGUGCAAUCUCAGGAAAAAAUUUGAAAUUAAAUUUAAAUCCCAGGAGGAAUACCAGAGGGAGAAUAAAAAACUUAAGAAACAAAUAGCAAAGGAGAUUGUGAAAUCCAGUCAACUUGAAAAUGUGAUCAACAGUCUUCAGGAGGAGUUCCAGAGCCUUAAAAGAUUGAACGAGGAAGACUGUCAGAAAUUGUUUAAAGAUAUUGAGUACAAAUCAAACUUCGCAGCAGAGCUUGAGAAUGAGGUACAGAAACUCAGAUUAACAGCAGCAGAGGCCAUGAAGAACAAGGAAGAUGCAGAACUCAAGUGUCAACACAAGAUAGCAGAUAUGGUCGCACUGAUGGAGAAACAUAAGAGCCAGUAUGACCGGAUGGUUGAAGAAAAGGAUGCAGAGCUUGAUGAGAACAAGAAGAAAGAGAUUGAGGCUGUUGCCCAUAGGAAAUCAUUGGAGUUGGAUCUAUCGAAGCAUAGGACAAAAAAUGAUCAGCUUAAGCAACAGCUGAAGACAGAAACCACAAAGAAGGAAAACCUACAGAAGGAGCUAACUGAUUUGAAAAAAGAAAUGUCAUCAAUGAAAAUUACUAAGCUGUCAGAAGCAAGGAACAAGAAGUCACCUACCUCAUACUAUAAACAAGGAAGAUGUUCAGAGACGCCAAAAGAAAGUGCAUCAAGGAGACAUGUGUUUGACUUCUCCAAGACCAGGAAAACUCCCUCCUACAGCCAAGAUGAUGGAAGAACUGCAGUUAUGAAGAGCACUGAAUCUGACACUGAAUCCAUCAGAACGUCGUGCGGAACAACACCAAAGACCAAGGACCUUCACAAUGAAGACCUGAAUACCCCAAGAAGUAUUACAAACAGGGUUGGCAGAACGUCAAAGAUCAAAUCCUACAGAAUAGGGACACCACCUUCUCCUGAAAAAGCUGCACGCUGGGGGAAGAGCACCAUUGAGCUUGACCCCAAAUCUGACAGCUCUGAUCAAAAUGAUCUCUUGACCUUUGCAAAUGCACCCACACCCAUUUUUUCUGCUCCACACUCAAAACUCAGCACUUUCAAAAAGAUCCAGAGCCCUUUCACUCAUAAAUCACCAGGGAAUUCCUUGAAGCUAGCUGCAAUGAAAAGGAUGAGGGAUGCUGGUUGGACUGCGGUUACUGGCUGUGACAAGAAAAAAAAGAAGAACAAUGAGAAGAUCUUUGCUUAAGUAUUGCUCUUACAGGUCAGAUGAACAGUAUUAACAACAAUAUUACACAGCUUUAAAUGUUCAUAUUCCCAAUUUCUUAACAUGCAUAGAUAGUACUGUUAUGGCUCAAAUAGACAUUAAUAAUAAUAACAGGCAAUUUUAUUUCUUAAUAUGCAUAGAAAGUAUUGUUAUGGAUCAGCUAAAUUGUAUUGUUUAUGACAGGUGAAUUUAGGUGUCUGAGGUCGAUUUUGAGUGGAGUCACCCUCUAUGUUUUUAAGUACUUUGCAAAAAAUUCUGUUCCAUGAAAGAAUUUCUGGAUGUUCACAUGAAAUGUCAUUUAUUUUGCACAAGUUUAUAUUGUUGGUGUGGGAAAAGGUAUAGUUGUUAUGUAUUACUAUCUUAAUAUAUAUAUAUCUAUCCUAGUAUUGACAGUGACAGUGACAGUAAAAGUAAUGUUCAAAUCAAUCAGUUUUGCUCUUGUUUAAAUGUUCUUCCCAUCAUCAUUUUCCCUUUCUCUCUGCCUUUAGCUUCUCAUGAA